CUGAUUGGACAGUUCGUGUGAUAGUGUCUACAUUAGCAUCAUGAAGAUCAUUGCCUUAGCUCUCGUUUUCUGUGUCGGUUUGGCCGUGGGCGCUGAGGUCGAUAGCGCACCGGAAGUACCAUCGGAUCUAGAAGUAUCAGCAGAUCUCGAGAUCCCGGAAGCACCCGAAGCACCUAUUCAACCAGACAUUGAUCAGGACGCUGCCGAAGAACCUUCAUCCCCUAGUGACGAUCAAAAUUCAGAAGUCCCGGAAGACUCAGAUGCUCCUAUUCAACCAGACAUUGAACAGGACGCUGCCGAAGAACCUUCGUCACCAAGUGAGGACCAACAUUCUCACCCUGCACCAGAAGUUGAUGCGGAAGAUGAUGAGGCCGCAGAAGAAGAGGAGGAAGAUGAUGACCAGUCGGAUGAUUCCGAUGAAUCGGACGAAAGUGACGAAAUUGAAGAGGCGCGUCAGGCUGUGGAGGAGCUGGAAGAACGCCAGCAAGAGCUGGACUAUCUGAAGCGCUACCUAGUCGGACGGCUUCAAGCUACCGCUCUUCUUGGUCGUCGUGUUCGCCCGGCUGUGAUUCGUCGUCCUUGGUAUCGCCCCGGAUGGAGAGUUCGACCCCGGCUAGUGGUCUAGAUACAAUUCUAUCAACCAACACGGUAAAAGCAGUAGAUCAAGCAACCCAAUGAAAAAGCCAUGCAAUAAAAUUUCAAUCUAUAAUUUCCUGCAA